AUGGAGCUUCUCGAUACCUCCAACUCAGGAAGUCACCUCACAGGCAGUCAUGCUACCGUUGCCGGCAAGCCCGAGAUGGGAUCACUUCGGAUACCAUCCCGCGCUUUGCGCAAUGUCAUUGAACACCUUCCAACCGUCGACAGGCAGCGAUUGAGGAUCGAGAAAUAUAUGGUGUUGUCUAUGCUCAUUCCCCUCAACCUCACCCUGAUGUACAUGCUCGCGGAUUACUCCAGAUUCUUUUGGAUUUUGCUUCCACUCAUAUCCUUCAAGUUCGCGGUAGACGCCAUCGAGAUCUCUCUCAUUGCUAUCUCAUACUUUCUGCGACAAUUUUCACCGCGCCCCACAUCAGAGACUCCGACAACGCCUGAAAAUUUUGUGUACUUGCUCUGUUGCUACAAUGAGACUUAUGAGGAGAUAAUGACCUCUUUGGAUUCGUUAGCUGAACAAAAAUCUGUGGACGCCCACCGAAAGGCCAUCAUCGUGGUUUGCGAUGGUCGAGUGAGCGGCAGGGGUAGGCCUGGCACCCAUCUGAAAGAAGAGAUCAUUGAGCGACCGUCAAGUACCCUCAUACCCGAGGCCUACACUUCGUGGGAUGGUGCUCCGAUGGAUGUCGAAGUCGUGAAGGGAGAAUUCAGGGGGCUUCCAAUUAUCUGCAUCAUCAAGGACGAGAACCGGGGAAAAAGAGACGGAAUCAUCCUUGUCCGAUCCUUCCUGCACAAGUUCAACCAGCGCAAAUCUAAGCCUACGCCCUCGAUGCAUUCACCUGCACUAUUCGACACGCUCGCCAACUUCCUUGAGGGGACAUCCAUUCAGUCCGUGGAUUACGUCGUCGGCAUAGACGCCGACACCAGAUUUGAUCCCGAAUGCGUCCUCGGGUUCAUUCAGACUGUAAGAGAAGGCGAACAGAUUGUAGGAGUGACCGGAAACAUUCGAGUGGACAACAGAACGCUGUCUCCAUGGUCCAUUGCUUACCUCUACCAGAACGCCGAGUACCUGGUUGGACAGCACCGUCGCCGCCUACGUCAAAGCGUCACGAGUAAGAGAGUGACUUGCCUUCCUGGAUGCUGUCAACUGUUGCGAGUCAUAGAGAGUACAUGCGGUGAUGACAUCCUGCAAAAAUUCGGAUAUUACCCGCGAGACACCGACGGCUUGUUCCGGACGAUCCGAUCCAUGAUGAGCGAGGACAGAGAUCACAUUUGUUUGGUGCUCUCAGAGAACGCUGAUGUUGAGACACGUGUAUGCCUCGCUUCACAAGCGUAUACUUCGGCGCCACAUUCGUUUUCGGUGUUUCUGAGUCAACGCCGUAGGUGGACGCUGGGACCACUUACGAGUGAUAGUCUCCUUUUCAGCCGCAAGUCGACGGGUUGGAUGGAGAGGGUAGCUGCGGCCACUUCUGUACUGAACUGGUGUAUCAAUCCAGCACUCUUCAUCUCGAGAUUUUACCGGAAAUGGGACCCAGUGAGUGCAUAUACCCUCAUUCUCUUGUUGUACUAUCGGAGAAUCUGGGACUUCAUAGUUGUUGUCAUUUCUUCUCGCUCACCUCUCGAGUUUAUUCAAUAUUGUGUCGGGUGUGUUUUGUAUGAAUAUACCGUCUCCGUGGUCAACUUCAUGACUCAACUCUAUACCAUAUACAACCUGGACGACUUCCGAUGGGGUCAGAUGCGGAAAGCAGCAACCGAGAAGGAAACCCGCCUUCAAAAAAAAAGAGCAUAA